AUGAGAAAACGGAGGAAUCCGAUAGUGAAACCAACGUUUGCGGAAGCGCUGGAUUUGCUUGCGCACGCGGAAGUUCACGCCCGAUUUGAGCCGCACAAGUCCAACCUGUGCAAACGAUCUUUCCUGAACGAAACCACCAUCAAGGAGCACCUCUGCAAGAACCACAACGCACUGCUCAAACACGCCUGGGAACACUCGCGGGAACGGUCCAGCUAUGGAACGCACGGCUGCCCCAAGUGUGGCAAAUCGUUCCUCAACAAGGCACGCCUCAAGCGGCACAUGGUUUCACACCGGAACAAAACCGUACGAUGCGAGAUCUGCUCAGAGGAGUUUCCCUACGGUUGCAGUCUCAUGAACAACCGAUCGCACACCAAAUCGCGCCAGUUCACGAAUUCUGCUGGAAGGAAUUCGCCGACGGAGGAACACUGCAAAAGCUGUGAACACAACGCCAAGCUUACCUACAACGACCUGAAUCUGGACAAAUUUCCGGCGGGCACGGACCGGAGGUUGUCAACCAGCACCAGUGUACCAGCUGCACGGCGUCUAAUCGGAAUGUUCACGGUUUGGAUGAAGGCCUGA